GCCACGUUCCUAGAGCGGCCGCGGGGCGCCAACUGACGGCAAGGCCCGCACUUCCGGCGGCGCGAGGGGCGCCCAGCGAGCGAGCGAGCCAGGGUGGCGGCGGGCGGCCCGCUGCGCGAAAAUUGAGCUACGUAGCUCUAGGAAGUGAAACUUCAGCUCAGAAGAAGAGAGCAGACUCUUAAGAAUAUAUUUGGCUCAUCACCAUGCGGUUAGGAAAACCGAAGGGAAGUAUUUCUCGGAGCUCGAGCCAAGGAAAAGCCUAUGAAAACUCACGCAAAACAGGCCGGCAGCGGCAAAGAUGGGGAAUGACUGUUCGAUUUGACUCAAGCUUGAGUAGACUGAGAAGAAACCUGGAUGAGAAACCUUAUAAAUGUACUGAAUGUGAAAAGAGUUUCAGUCAGAGCUCAACUCUUUUUCAACACCAAAAGAUUCACACUGGAAAGAAAUCCCAUAAAUGUGCCGAUUGUGGGAAAAGUUUCUUUCAGAGCUCUAACCUCAUUCAGCAUCGGAGGAUCCAUACCGGGGAAAAACCCUAUAAAUGUGAUGAGUGUGGAGAAAGGUUUAAACAGAGCUCAAAUCUCAUUCAGCACCAGAGAAUUCAUACUGGAGAAAAACCCUAUCAGUGUGAUGAGUGUGGCCGAUGUUUCAGCCAGAGUUCCCACCUUAUUCAGCAUCAGAGAACCCACACAGGGGAGAAGCCCUACCAGUGCAGUGAAUGUGGCAAAUGCUUCAGCCAGAGCUCUCAUCUUAGGCAGCACAUGAAGGUGCACAAAGAAGAGAAACCUCGUAAAACCCGGGGCAAAAACAUUAGAUCAAAAACUCACUUAGUGUCAUCCUGGAAAGCUGGUACAGGUAGGAAGUCAGUGGCUGGUCUCCGCUAAGGAAAGGGUGCUGCUUCAGCCUUUAAAAAUAAAUAAAUAAACAAAAGCUCUCUCUUUUAGAACUGGAGAUAUUUUGUAAUAGAGCUCUUAAAUACUAUAUCCUUUCCUAGCAUGGAGACAUUGUAAUGACAUUGGGCUGAAAGAAACUGAGUCCAACUGUUCUCAUCUUUUUUUUUUUUUUAAUGUAACUUGGAGUACAAAAAACUGAAACUAUGUUUUAAGAGAAUAUAAGAUCCUUGACCUCAUGUGAUAUUACUUCCUGCAUCAUUUUGACAAAAACAACCAUGUUUUGAUGACACAUGUAAAAGUAUAGGUAUUCUGAUGACUCCUCAGCUUUAGGACUUUCUGUGGAAGGAGUAGUUAAAAGGGAGAAGAAGUUAAUCCCAUUAGGUCGGAGGUUCUGCAACUGAUGAGGAGAUUUUAUGUUUGUAAAGUUUUGUAGUAUAUUAACCACUGGUUUGUAAGUAUGACUCAAGACUCAACAUAUUAACAUGUAUUCAUGUUCACAGAUUUUUAAUCAACAAAGCCCAUCCCUCUGUUGGC